CCGGAGUCUCGUCGCGGCUGCACAUCGUGCCCUUGACUUCCUACGGGAGGAUAUAGCUGAUCGGUGGAAGCAUCUACCGGGAGGUCACUUAGAAAUCUGCACCGUGGGGACAUUUUCUCGCCAUGGGAUUCGUACCGGACGAGGCGAAGUGUCUCCCUCCCCCGGGGAUCGCUAACAGGACCUCGGUGUGGCUCGCCGGGGUCGGCUGGUGCUCCGCCAUGCUCCAAAAUGCGAUCAACCACAGGCCGCCGCUAAAAUCAGGAGUUCAUCGACAGGUCCUGCUGGCGACAAUUGGCUGGUUCAUUGGCUACCACAUCACAAAGUAUGAAAACUACACGUAUGCCAGACUUGAUCGAGACAUGAACGAGUAUGUCAGGCUGCAUCCAGAGGAAUUUGCAGCAAAAGAGAGAAAAACCUUUGCAGAGAUCGUGGAGCCUUUCCAUCCUGUGCGCUAAGUGUUGUCGGAGGGGGAGAGAACAUCUGUGGACCACUAUCUGUCUUCAGUGGUCUUUUUGUGAAAUUAUUAUUGUGCGAGAUAUAGCUAUGUAAAUAAAAAAAAAUUUACAAAUUCA